UGUUUCGAGCAGACCGUCUUGUCAUCAAAAUGUUCUCCAACCGACUUUUCUUGCCUAUGUCAGGAUGAAGCGUUUAUGGAGGCCGCUGCGGGCUGCCAAGCCACAGGUUGCACAGUCAAAGAGAUGCUGACUGAUUUUAGAAACCUAGCAUCCACCAAUGCUACGAUGGCUGCCUGUGGUGUUCAGCCGCGAGACAUAUCUGUACAAGUCAUUGCCAUCCCAGCGUCUUUUGGAAGCCUGGCAAUGCUAAUGGUUAUCGUCCGCCUUGUUGACCGUAUCGGGAUUCGCAAGCUCUCACUGGACUGGGACGAUUAUCUUGUUUUGAUAGCCGUGUUAUUUAACAGUAUCCUAGUGGCCUACCAUGGUAUGGGCAAAGACCUCUGGUCAUUGGAAUUUGAUGGUAUAAACAAGACAUUCCUGUACCUCUUGAUUGCCGAGAUCUUCUACAUGGCCGCCGAGAUGUUCGUUCAGUUGUCCUUGCUGGCCUUCUACCUUCGAAUUUUCACGAUCCCAGUGUUCCGGAAAGCGGUCUACGUACUAAUGGGGGUGGUGGUCUGUUUCGGAAUGGCCAAUACGUUUUCCAUGUUGUUUCAAUGCACUCCGAUCGCAUUCUUUUGGGAAAGCUGGUCCGGGGAGACCACCGGAACGUGUAUCAACGUCAAUCUCUUUUCUUGGAUCCGCGCUGGCAUCGAGAUCGCGAUUGAUGUUGCCAUUAUAUCGCUGCCAAUUCCGACAUUGCUCAAGUUACAGAUGAGUUGGAAAAAGAAGAUCCAGGUCGUUAUGGUCUUCUGCGUUGGCUUCACGACUGUUUACCAUAUGCUAACCAUACUUUACAGGAUCACAAUUAUCAGCAUAUUGCGGCUGCAAUCGCUUGUCCAGUUCUCGGAGACCACCAAUCCUACUUAUGACAAUGCCCCAGCCAUCUAUUGGAGCAUCCUCGAAUGCGAUAUGUUCAUCAUCUGUGCCUGCAUGCCUGCGAUGCGCGGUUUCCUCAGAACCUUUGCGCCGAGCUGCUUCGGUAGCACCGAAUACGGUAGCCGCUCUGGAACCAAGGGAUACGCGAGCCAUGAUAAACUCAGCUCAAAUGGCCAGUAUCAACGCCAGCCAUCCGACGCACAGCACGAAUCGGACGUUGAGUUGGUGGGGUCGCUGUCAGAGAACUCUCGCAAGGCUUAUGUGUAA